CUCUCUUCAGCCCUCGAUCUGUGAAAGCCCGGAUGGCGAUGUUUGGAGCUCUUCGCGGGGCUCACUUACAACGGCCUUGUCACUUACGCCUUGCUCACUUUCCCUCGGUCAGACAACAUGCUCGCUUCAACACAACAGUAGCAUUCAGGCCGUCCCAUGCGGCGAAACUGCCGAGGGGAGGUCGCCCACCGCCACGGACGCCUGAGGACCUCUUUCCUGACUCUAUUCCCAGAGAGGGAGAGCUGGUCAACCCGUCCGGGCGCAUCUACUCGGUUCAGAGGCCGAUUGAGAUACAGGACCCUUUCGCAAACAGUCAGACAGUCCUAGUGACGCCAGACGAAGCGCGGGCGCCUCCAAUCUUGGGCGCCCUGGCCUUUCUGCUGGGAGGCUCCUCGCUCAUCUAUCUCGGAACGGCCCUGUAUCAGAACAAGGAGACGGACCGAUUGGUGCGAGAGAUAAAGGGGCAUUCCUCCAAGCCGAGCAUCUUUGGAGACUUCAGCAGCUUCUUCACGGGAGGGGGUAUUGCGGAUGCAGCGAGGGGAGGCGGCGUCACCCAACGACAGCUCAUGGCGGCCAAGAGGCAGGAGGAGGCCGAGAGGCAUGGGUGGAGAUUGACAUGGCUUCUCGGCUGGUGUGAUCAGCUUCAUCUUCCUGCGCCGGUUCGAGAGUUUGUUGGUCGAGCGUACACCUGGGGUGCCGAGAGCUACCUGGAGCUCCCGCCGUACAAGCAGGCUCUCAUUCCAAUUGUCGCAAUCAACACGACCAUCUUUCUUGGCUGGCGCCUCGCCAUGCUGCGCCCUCUGCAGCAAGGCCUGUAUCGCUUCAUGGCCACCCACUUCCUGCACGCACCCUCGGCAGGCCGAAGUUACACCACGCUGACAUCGACCUUUUCGCACAUGGGCGGUCUCCACUUUCUCUUCAACAACAUUGCCCUCUGGUCUAUCGGCGCCAGCUUCCUGCUCCAGCCCGGCUUCCUGUCUUCGCCAAAUAGCGACGGCAAGCUGCAUCACUCUGCCGAGCCGAGCCUCACGCCGCAUUUCCUCGCAUUCUUUGCCACCGCCGGCAUCUUUAGUGCCACGGCUUCGCACCUCGUCACCGCCCUGCGCUUCCGCCUCGUGGCACGCAAGCUGGGAUCUGACGUCGCCAAGACGCUGGUCGGCCGGAUCCCGAGCCUGGGCGCCAGCGGAGCAGUGUACAGCGCCUUUGUCAUGUCCGCGCUCGCCUACCCCGACGCCCGCAUCUCGCUCAUCUUUCUUCCCAUGUUCAGCUUCCCCAUCGGCGCAGGUGUGGGCUGCAUGGUUGCCGCCGACGUGCUGGGUGUGCUGAGAGGCUGGAGGGCCUUUGACCAUGUCGCCCACCUGGGAGGCGCCGCUUUCGGCUAUGGAUACUGGUACUACGGGAAUGAAGUCUGGGAGCGGGCCAGACGAGAGGCAAUGGCCAUUCAAAAGAGGCUGAGGAGGUCCAACUAGAGUGACGCCGUCCGCCCUUCUUCUUGCAUCGGAUCUUCCCUAUCCCUCCUUUUCCUCUGUUCACACCCGCUUGCAUUUGUACUGUACUAUUAGGUUCCCCUCUCACGCACCACUCUUCACCACUUUUGCAAUGCUUCUCUGGGAUUGUCUUGUUGCCAAUGAUACUAUCGAUCUCUGUUC